UCGUGGCUCUGCGCGCGGGGGGCCCGGGGCCUGAGGGGCUGCGGCCUACCCGGGCCCGCCGCCGCCUCCGCCGCCCGGCCUCAUGAGGCACAGCCUGACCAAGCUGCUGGCAGCCUCGGGCCACGACUUCCCGGGCCACCGCGACAGCCGGGAGCCGCCCGCCGCGAGCCCGUCGCCCCGGGAUCCGGCUGGGGCAGCCGCGGGGGCGGAGACGCCAGGGCCGGGAUCGCCUGACCGCGAGCAGCCUCCCGGCGACGGGGGCGAGCCGGAGGCCCGGAGGGGGAGCCGCGGCAGCGUGGCCGUGCGCGCUCCCGCGCCCUCGCCUCUGAAGAUGGAGGAGGAGGAGGAGGAGGGGGACGCGAUCGCCAUGGUCCCCAAAGAAGAGCCGGAGGACAUGGACUUUCUCUCUGGGCUGGAGCUGGCCGAUCUGCUGGACCCUCGGCAACCGGACUGGCACCUGGAGCCCGGGCUCAGCUCGCCCGGGCCCCUGUCCUCGUCCGGCGGAGGCUCGGAGAGCGGCGGCCUGUUGAGGGGGGACGACGACGACGAGAGCGCGGCUGCCGAGAUGCAGCGCUUCUCCGACCUGCUGCAGAGGCUGCUGAACGGCAUCGGAGGCUGCAGCAGCGGCGGUGACCGCGGCGGCGGGGAGAAGAGGCGGAGAAAGUCCCCGGGAGGGGGCGGUGGAGGUGGCGGUGGCGCCAACGACACCAACCAGGCGGCGGCCAAGAGUCCCCGGAAGGCGGCGGCGGCCGCUGCCCGUCUUAAUCGGCUCAAGAAGAAGGAGUACGUGAUGGGGCUGGAGAGUCGAGUCCGGGGACUGGCUGCCGAGAACCAGGAGCUGCGGGCCGAGAAUCGGGAGCUGGGCAAACGCGUGCAAGCGCUGCAGGAGGAGAGUCGCUACCUACGGGCUGUCCUAGCCAACGAGACGGGACUGGCUCGCCUGCUGAGCCGGCUGAGCGGCGUGGGACUGCGGCUGACCACCUCGCUCUUCAGAGACUCGCCCGCCGGCGACCACGACUACGCGCUGCCGGUGGGGAAGCAGCCGCCGGAGCCGCUGGAAGAGGACGACGCGGCGGGAGGAGUGUGUCUCCAUGUGGACAAGGAUAAGGUGUCGGUGGAGUUCUGCUCGGCGUGCGCUCGGAAGGCGUCGUCUUCUCUUAAAAUUUUCUUUUUUAGGUGAUUUCCUUCCUGCCAGGCUCCGUUGUAGGGGUUACAGAACAGUCGUUCCCGCCUCACAACCUGUGGAUACAGCUGUUGGGGCAGAAGAGACGGGACCAGCUGCUGGCCACAUUUCCUGCUUUAUUUUAAAAGCUUAGCAGUAUCUGCAAAAACGAAUCUUUUCCUACAACCUGUUAACUGACUGGACUGAUGGUAACAGUAAUUGUGGGAGCCAUGUCGGUCAAAAAUUUGGCAUCUGCUGAAAAACAUGAAUGCCAUUUCCAAGGUCCCAAAUUACUUCUAUACUGAUUACACUUUCCAGAAAUGGAGAUAUGAAAAGAUUCUCUGGAAUGCUUGAAAGACUUAAUAGAAAUCCAUAAGACAAAGCUAAUUUUGGAACAAAAUUACACUUAUUUUUCCUUUCAUAGCAGUAACACUAAAUUUAUUGCAUUAAAAAAGAUGUAACCAUUGGCGAAGAGAAUUACAGUGUUUCCUCAAGAAACAUUAGCUUUUUACCCAAUCAAGGACAUUCUGUGGAAUUAGAUUUAGUGGGCUAGAAUGACAUAAAUAGGUUAGGUGUGAUCUCAAAACUUAAGAGUUUGUAUUUCUGCAAUGAAAAGAGCUGCUUUGGGAGACAGACACCUUGCUGAAUAGAAUAAAGUCCUUAACUUAAAGAGUAGUGCUUUUAAAUAGAUGCAUUGAUUGUAUAUUUUGAAGAAGUGACUCUGAUAAUAUAUUUGGGUGGCAUUACAAUUUAGGGAAAUGUGAGCAUGUAUAUAGUCCUAGGGCUUAGCAUCUUCAACGUUCUGAGUAUUUGGUCCUGUUGGAUGUGUUGAGGUUUCUGAUGCAUGAUACAGUUUUUACUGUUCUGUGUUAAAUAUUCUGCAGUGUUCUGUAAGGACCUUCAUAUUCUGGAUGAUAAUGGCUUAUUUCAUAUUACAAGUAAAAAAGCACUCAGCCCAGUCAUUUUUCAUUAUUGUUGGAAUAUGCUAAUACAUUUGUCAUCUGGUCUAGACUGAGUUUUUUAUUUUUUGGCUCACUUGGGAAAUAUAUA